AGCCGCCUGCCUGCCUGGCCGCCUGUAGUCUGGACCAGGGCGACCGCCGCGUGCAUUGAUGCCGCGGCAUUCAAGGUGGGCGCGCGCGCGCUGCACCUGCACGCACGCACAUGGCACCGCCGCACCGGCGCCGGCUCGCCCCUGCCUGCCUGCCGCAGCGGUGGGCUGCGCCAGCGCCGCGUCCUACCACUACCAGGCUACAGCAGCCUACAGCGCAGCCGCAUUCAUAUCCGCAUUCAUUCCCGCGCGGGGGCAGCCCAUCCUGAUCCUGGGCGGCUAGCCGGCGAGCGAGCGGCGGUUGGUUUGCCCUGUACUGGUUGCUGGUCUGAUGGAGAUCGGCCCGGACCGGUCGCGGUCGCGGCGUGGACCCAACCGGCCGGGCUGUGGAAUCCAACAGGCUCCUAGCUCGUAACCUGGCAACAUUUCCGAUCAGUUGGAAAUCGCGGCCGCAGACCGGGCACACACACAUUCUUGUAACACCGGUUGCACCGUAUAUAAGCACACGCACCGGUAUAGGAGUCACUUCUCGGCGAGCACCAGCCAGCCACCAGUGACGCACCAAGCUUAAGCAGCAGCACGCAGCGCCACCGCCUCCUCGGCUAGCCGCUAGCUGAUCCUUCUCUCCGUCGCCAUGGCGAUGCUGCCGCGGUCUACGGUGCUUGUGGCGGCGGUGGCCGUGGCGCUGGCGUUCGCGAUGGCGGCGGCGCAGGGCCCGGCCGCGGCCCCGGGGCCGGCGCCCGGGAUCAGCGACGAGUGCCUGAACGCGGUGCUCAACAUGUCGGACUGCCUGUCGUACGUGACGAACGGGAGCACGGUGCGGCACCCGGACAAGGCCUGCUGCCCGGAGCUGGCGGGGCUGCUCGAGUCCCACCCCAUCUGCCUCUGCCAGCUGCUCGCCGGAGGCGCCGACUCCUACGGCGUCAGCGUCGACUACAAGCGCGCGCUCGCGCUCCCGGGGAUCUGCCGCCUCACCGCGCCGCCCGUCAGCGCGUGCGCAGCGUUCGGAGUCCCUAUCCCUGCGGGACUGGUGCCUACUGCAGCGCCCUCGCCCAAGUCAUCAUCAGGCCCCUCUCCUUCUAUCGGCCCAGAAGUGCCUGCGAACACGCCGGCCGGCUCGGCAGCGAAGUCGACGAACCACGCCCCGGGCCGCGUCACCGCCGGCGGCCUCGUGGCCCUCGCCGCGCUGCCCCUCGCUGUCGCGGCCGCCGCCGGGAUGCUCUAGACCACCGCCGGAGCUCGCGAGCACCAACAUCCUAGUCUUGUGAUUUCUUUCUUCAUUCUUACCACACAUAUGGUUGUGCAUUACGAUACGUCCGUACAAACAAUUGUUUCCACGCGCGAGAUUCUUCAGGGUUUGUUUCUUUUUCCAUGUAAUAAUUCCUUUCCUUCGGUGUACUGUAAUUUGCUAGAGAUCGUGACGCUGUGUACGUGUAGCAUCUUCUUCGAAUCU